AUGGGGGAAACUGGUACAGUGCUCAAUGGAGUGUGGAUUCGUAACUGCUCUGCGGGUUGCAAGACGUUGACGCUUAGUUUGCCCGCCUCCUCUCUGAAAGGGACAUUAGAACAGCGUAAGAUUACGAUGGCUGCCAAUAUGUUCAUAGCCUCAAAAAGUUGUUUGGACUGCGCCAACACAAAUACACCUUCAGGGAGAAUUUGUUUACCUGCCUUUCGGAACUAG